UAACAAAAACUCAAUUUGUUGAGUUCAUGGAUUCGAAUAAAGUCAACGCGUACCUUGGGAACAAUAGCAUUAUUAUAAUAGCCGUAGGAGUUAGCGCCGGUGUUUCUUUGGUUAUGGUAACUAUUGUAGUUGUUUUGAUGUAUAGAAGAUAUAAAAGAGACAACAUUGAAAAGAGUGAAAUUCCUGAUAAAGAUUUUGAAAAAAAAGAAGUUGAUAUAAAAGGAACUGAUGACACUUUGCAACCAUCUCAGAAAUGUUCCUCGACUCUCAGAAGAAACUUAAGUAACAGAUGUACAAAGACACUUGGUGAAACAAUCCUGAACUUUUCUUCCUUACAAGGAAAAUCAACGUUCAAACUAAGAAAAAACUCUAAUUCAUACGAUGACAACUGUUGUGAUAAACCAAGGCUUAAAGAAGAAUUUUUUACCGUUACCGAUCGAACAAUUUCACUAGACGCAAUUGUAGAAAUAUCAAUAAUCGACAAACGUGAAAUUUCACUAAUAAAGAAGAGCUCUUCCUUAAAUUGAAAUACAUAUAUACUAGUCAACUACUUUUGUAAAUAAAUAAAUAAUUUUUUUUACAACAUAAAGAGGCGGAGUUAGGCUUUCAAGGAGAUGUGGUGUCCCAUUCAUAUUAACAAACCUAAAUAUUGUUAAAAUAAAGUCCAUGCAAUAUUUAUUUAUCUGGAAAACAAUAUUUGACGGAAUGCGAGUUUUUUCCCUGACGAGUUGUGAUGCAAGUGUGAGCAAUAAAAUAUUUACAACAUUUGAAA